CAGUGCUGACACCCACACUCAGGACCUGGUCUUGAUCAGCAAACCGGACUCCCCACCCCUGACACCAUGGGCCAUUACAGCGACCACUACGGCGGCCUGGGCUACGGCUGCGGAGGCUUUGGCGGCCUGGGCUUUGGCCGUGGCUGUGGAUGCGGCAGCUCCCGCUCGCUGGGCUUCAGCUUGGGCUUCAGAGGCUACGGAUGUGGCUCUGGUUUCGGAAGCUUUGGGUCUGGCUGCUGUCACCGUCCACUGUUCUUUAGAAGAUGUGGUUUCUCCAGCUUCUACUAAACUCGCUCUAGUAACCCAACAUCUGCUACCAAGAAUGGUUUUGAAACAACGUUAUUCAGUUGAAGAAUUGAAAUUUCCCUAGGCCUAUAUACACCCAAACUUUAAGAAUUUCAGAGAAUUUAUUAUUUAUUAUUUAUAUUUAUUAUUUAUUAUUUAUAAGUAUGUCUAUUGCAUGUUUCCUGGCAUUUGUUAGCUUGGGCACUGAUGGAUGACUGAUGUUGGCAACCAAUAAAU